AGCUGUGGGUUCCAUAACUGCGCGGCUGGAGCCCUGCUGAAUUGUUUUUACAGGUUAUGUUAAUGUCCUCUCGUGUCAUACGACUAGUUAAAGCUCAGUCGACCGUGAGAUAACGUUGAGGUCCGGAACAAGCACAGAAAACGUCGGAUUAACAAGAGUCACGGUAAAGCUACUAGCGAAUUCACUUAAAACGUAAUACGAGGUCACACUAACCUGAAGCCACUCAACUUCCAGACUUUUCAGUGAAAUUGUUUAAAAAACUUUUGGGUCCGCUGGUUUAAGAACUUCAAGGAUAAAGCCGGCGGGAUUUGGAGGCAGCUAAUAACCAAAGCUGCGCAGAUAUUUCGUGGGAACGAUUCUCCUAUUAAUUUCAGAAUGGCAAAAGCCUUUAAGAAUCGUUCCCCGGUGGUAACGCCGGUAUCUGAUGUAGCACAAGUUCCCGGGAGCGACAAGCAGCGAUUGUUUCACCUUGUUCGGCUUGUAAUGCUCGGCCAGGGGUAUUUCCGCAAGCGGAUGGAGAAGUGCCGAAGUCCGGUGUUCCGAGUCAAUAUGGGCGUGAAAGGUGUCGCUAUCUGUGAUCGCAAGGCCAUAGAUGCCAUGUUUGAUGUAAAAGUGAUUCGCAAGGAGCCAGCGUUUGGCCGACUCAACUACAAUCUUAUACUCCUGGAUAACUACGUACCGUCCAUCUUUACAAACGAUACACCGCACGAGAGACAGAAAGCGUUCCUUAUGAAAAUCUGCCAGACGGCACAGGAAGCCCAAAUACUACCCACAACCCAACGCGUGGUGACCCAAUACCUGGAAAGAUGGGGGAAAGCAGACGCGAAUCUGAAGCAAGAUUGGGAGAAUGACGUCCGUGCAAUGCUAAGUGACAUAUUCACGGAGGCAUUCCUUGGUGUCAGUGUGAACCCGACCUUGAUGUAUAAUAUGGUCAAAGGAUCUUGGGCGAAGCCAGGCUCGAAACUGUUCAAAAAAGCAGAUGAUGCCGCUAGACUCCUCCGAGAGUUCCUCAGAGAAGCACUCCAGAAAUCCACCAAGUUACAAUCGCUGUUGUCUACUGCCGUGGACGCUGGUGUCACCGAGGAACAAGCCCUAGCUGACAUUCUUUUUAUGCUCAAUUUUAACGCGUAUGGCGGUGUCAGUGGAGCUUUGAUAGGCUGUCUCGCAAGGCUGACCGUGACAGACCCGAAAUACAAGGACGCCAUGCGACAUGAAGUGAUCAGCGCGGUCGACGAAGAUGGCGUGACACACGAAUCACUUAACAAGAUGAACAGGCUACACUGGUUUGUUCUCGAGAAUUUACGUAUGUGUCCUCCUGUUCCUCUAUUCUUUGGUCGAGCCCGAAAUGACUUCAUCCUUCACUCGUCAAGAGGGAGCUUCGAUAUCAAGGCGGACGAGUUGCUCGUAGGAAACGUUUACGAAAUCCAAAGGGACCCCAAUGUCUUUGUGAACCCUGAAGUGUUCAUGCCAUCACGAUUCGAGGACGGCGUGCAGAGGAAUAAAUUGCUGGAGUACAUGCUGCCUGGGAAUGGUCCCAUAAAGGAAUCACCAACAGCAAGCAACCACCAGUGUCCAGGCCUUGAUAUCACCUUCACUGUCUUAAAGACAGCACUUAUGUAUGUCGUGACCUGUUGUGACUUCUCGCUAACACGGAUUCCAAUCUGGACGGGUAAAAAGUUACGACGAAUAGGAAGCCCGGAUAAUAUUGUACAGCUGCUAAGUUUUAAAUAUUCACCGAGGCGUCCGUUAGUGCAUAGGAAUAGUUUACAAAUCGAUGAUCUAGAAGAGAAGCAUAACUAUCUAGAAAAUUCCAGCACAUUCCAGAAACAUUAAGUGGAUGAACAAUGGGGGGACUAUGCAAGGACAGAAGUCACAGUAUAUACUCAAUGUUUGAAGGAAGCGUCACGAUAUCGCACAAAUCACAUACCACAACUUGUCAUGUUCACGACAUAAAAGAAUCACAUAACAAUAUGGUGUCAUCACAUUACGCCGGGCUGUGAAUAGUCACAACAUACCUUGUCGCGUCACUACGUCGUAGUCACGCCAAUUCUUGUCACGAUCAAGUAAAAAUACGUCACGUAACGAUGUUGUUCGAGUUACACUUAGCCUCGCGCUACUCCACAGUCACAUUACGGUCACGACAUGAAACCAUAACGUAACUAUACAGUACGUUCACGCUCUUCGCGUCACGACUUCAUACGUGAUGUAACGAUAUGGUUCGGUCACUCCCACCACAACCUUGUCACGACACAACACGUAACGGUGCCAUCACACUAUGCCACAGAAACAUCAACUUUUGCCACGUUAACGACACGACACGUAACGAUGCCAUCACACUAUGCCACAUACACACACCUUGUCACGUUCACGACAUAAAACGAUUGCGAAAAUACAUUGUAUAGUCACACUACGCCAAAGUCACACAACAACAGUGUUACGUCACGACACUAAACGUUAACGACACAUCACGUGACGAGAUGCUUACACUACGCCACAGUUACAUGACGCAACGAUGGUACGGCGUCCACGCCUCGCAACGCCAAAAUCCCAACAGCAUGAAAAUAGCUACAGCAGAAUAAGGCAAGCAAUACAACAAUAUGAGAUCAUAGCCCGACAUAUGGUACAAAGCAAGAAACCGAGAUAACAAAUGUGAUCUCCAGUUAUAUAGAAUAAUGUAAAUAUAUGUAAUAUGAAUAAGUGAAUAUAAAAUAUAUUAGUUCUAGAAAUGUGAACAGGCAUAGAGAAAAUGAGCAAUGAAAUAUACAUAUUCCUUAUAUUUCUUUGGAAGUCAAUGUUAUCCAGUCACUUGUAAAGAUGAAGCAAAGAUAUUCGCAUACUACUC